AAUGACAACUUGGUUUUCUCUCUCUUAGUCACAGACACGAUUAAGUUUAACAUUAUAAAAGGCAUAGUUUCAGACAACUUUUUCUGCACUCUUGGUCCUUUUUUCUUCAACAGAAACCUCUUCAGAGUAAGGUCCAAAACCCAAGAAAAUGGGUUUUCUGUUACCCACUCUGUUUCUAUCUCUGCUUCUUCUAUUCUCUUCCCACCAAACAAAAGCUCAUCAAUUCAAUAACCUCAACCCACCAACCACAACAGCAACUACCAUUUCCAAUAGUAGUACCGAAAGAAAACUCGCAGGAACGUGCAAUUUGUUUCGUGGCAAAUGGGUCUAUGACGCUUCGUAUCCUCUCUAUGAUCCUUCUUCUUGUCCCUUCAUAGAUCCACAAUUCAACUGUCAGAAAUACGGUCGGCCUGAUAGCCAGUAUCAGAAAUAUAGAUGGCAGCCACUCACUUGUUCUUUACCAAGGUUCAAUGCAUUGGAUUUUCUAGCAAAGUAUAGAGGAAAGAAGAUUAUGUUUGUUGGUGAUUCUUUGAGUUUGAAUCAGUUCAAUUCAUUGGCAUGUAUGAUUCAUUCUUGGGUGCCAAAAACAAGAACUUCAUUCUCAAAACAAAGUGCUAUUUCCACAAUAACAUUUCAGGAUUAUGGUCUCCAAUUAUUUCUAUUCCGCACACCAUACUUAGUAGACCUAGAUCGUGAAAAUGUUGGGAAUGUUCUAAAGUUAGACUCAAUAAAGAGUGGUGAUGCUUGGAGAGGGAUGGAUGUACUGAUUUUCAACACGUGGCAUUGGUGGACCCAUACUGGCAACGCACAACCAUGGGAUUAUAUUCAAGAAGGUGGCAAGUUGUACAAAGACAUGAACAGAUUCAUUGCAUUCUACAAAGGCUUGACAACUUGGGCUAGAUGGAUUAACAUCAACGUAAAUCCAACCCAAACCAAGGUCUUCUUUCUCGGAAUUUCUCCGGUGCACUACGAGGGUCGGGAUUGGAAUCAACCAGCGAAAUCAUGUAUGAGGGAGACACAGCCAUUCUUUGGAUUGAAGUACCCAGCAGGAACACCAAUGGCUUGGGUGAUAGUAAACAAGGUAUUGAACAGAUUAAAAAAGCCGGUGUAUUUUCUGGACGUGACAACACUUUCACAAUACAGAAAAGAUGCACAUCCAGAAGGGUAUAGUGGCGUUAUGUCAACAGAUUGUAGUCAUUGGUGUCUUCCAGGACUUCCUGAUACAUGGAAUGUUCUUCUUCAUGCAGCUCUUUUUGGUUGAAUUGGUGGAAGAAAUUGUGUAUGUUUUUCUUAGGCUAGGAAAACCUAUUGUUUUCUACCAUAGGAAUUAAUUAUUUAAUCUGGUAUAGUGAGUUAUUUCAAUUGGACAAUAAAAGGGUUGAUUGUACAUUUUCAUUUCAUAUAUUGUUUUGGCAGAAACGUGCCUUGAUUGUUGUACCAAAUAGAUAGUGUUUGGAAUAUUGAAAAGUAUUUGUAAGUUGCAGAGAACUUUCUUGUGGAAUAACGUGCUGAUGGAUCAUUUGUGAUAGUGAAUUGCUUUUUUUAAAA